AUGCCGGCCGGGAAUGCGGAUGAUGAGGGGAAUGGGGAUAAUGAGGGGAAUGGGGAUGAUGAGGGGAAUGAGGAUGAUGAGGGGAGUGCGGAUGACAAGGGGAAUGGGGAUGAUGAGGGGAAUGGGGAUGAUGAGGGGAAUGAGGAUGAUGAGGGGGAUGAGGAUGAUGAGGGGGAUGGGGAUGAUGAGUGGAAUGAGGAUGAUGAGGGGAAUGACGAUGAUGAGGGGAAUAGGGAUGAUGAGGGGAAUGAGGAUGAUGAGGCGAAUGGGGAUGAUGAGGGGAAUGGGGAUGAUGACGCGAAUAGGGAUGAUGAGGCGAAUGAGGAUGAUGAGGGGAAUGAGGAUGAUGACGCGAAUAGGGAUGAUGAGGCGAAUAGGGAUGAUGAGGCGAAUGGGCAUGAUGAGGGGAAUGAGGAUGAUGAGGGGGAUGGGGAUGAUGAGGGGAAUGAGGAUGACAAGGAAAAUGGGGACGAUGAGGGGGAUGAGGAUGAUGAGGGGAAUGACGAUGAUGAGGGGAAUGGGGAUGAUGAGGGGAAUGAGGAUGAUGAGGGGAAUGAGGACGAGGAGGUGAAUGACGAUGAUGACGGGAAUGAGGAUGAUGAGGGGAAUGAGGAUGAUGAGGGGAAUGACGAUGAUGAGGGGAAUAGGGAUGAUGAGGGGAAUGAAGAUGAUGAGGCGAAUAGGGAUGAUGAGGGGAAUGGGGAUGAUGACGCGAAUAGGAAUGAUGAGGCGAAUAAGGAUGAUGAGGGGAAUGAGGAUGAUGAGGGGAAUGAGGAUGAUGAGGCGAAUAGGGAUGAUGAGGCGAAUGGGCAUGAUGAGGGGAAUGAGGAUGAUGAGGGGGAUGAGGAUGAUGAGGGGGAUGGGGAUGAUGAGGGGAAUGAGGAUGACGAGGAAAAUGGGGACGAUGAGGGGAAUGAGGAUUAUGAGGGGAAUGACGAUGAUGAGGGGAAUGGGGAUGAUGAGGGGAAUGAGGAUGAUGAGGGGAAUGAGGACGAGGAGGGGAAUGAGGAUGAUGAGGGGAAUGAGGAUGAUGAGGGGAAUGAGGAUGAUGAGGGGAAUGAGGAUGAUGAGGGGAAUGAGGAUGAUGAGGGGAAUGAGGAUGAUGAGGGGAAUGAGGAUGAUGAGGGAAAUGAGGAUGUGUCAGGGAAUGGAAGAGACGAGGCUGUGAGGAUGGUGGUGCGUGAGAGAGAUGGAGAGGAGGGCGGAUACCCUUUGAAGGGAGGUGGGUGA